GUGAGAACCGGGAUGACAGCCGGCUUAGCCUCCCGCUAGGCGCAGAGGCAAACUGGCCGGCCAGGGUCUCCAAGUGUUUUCUUUUGUAGAAACACCAAGUGUCUCUGCUUCAGUGUUCAAAGUCCUUCCCGUACAACGUGUAAGCAGCUGGGUGGAGCCUAAGGCUGAAUCCUCUCCUGCGACCUGGGUGGAAGGGCAGAGCUAAUGUUGGACUGAGAAAAUCUUCCAGUCUUCAGAUGAAUUUUAAAAUUGAACACACUUGGGAUGGCUUUCCAGUGAAGCAUGAGCCAGUGUUUGUCAGGCUCAAUCCAGGUGACAGAGGGGUGAUGAUGGAAGUUAGUGCUCCAUUUUUCAAUGAUCCUCCAGCCCCACUUGGAGAAACAGGAAAGCCUUUCAAUGAACUAUGGAAUCAUGAAGUUGUGGAAGCAUUUUUCUUGAAUGAUAUAACUGAGCAGUAUUUAGAAGUUGAACUUUGUCCGAAUCUUAAUUUUGACAGCCAUGGACAACAUUUAGUGCUUUUACUCUCUGGAAGAAGAAAUGUAUGGAAACAAGAACUUGCCUUAUCAUUCGAAGUGUCCAGAGAAGAGACAAAAUGGGAAGGUAAAGCUUAUCUUCCUUGGAGUUAUUUUCCACCAAACGUGACAAAAUUCAAUGCAUUUGCAAUUCAUGGAUCAAAAGAUAAGCGAAGUUAUGAAGCUCUUUACCCAGUCCCUCAGCAGGAACUGCAAGAAGGACAAAAACCUGAUUUCCAUCGCCUAGAAUAUUUCAAGUCUUUCCAUUUUAACACACUGCUUGGAGAAGAAUGGAAACAACCAGAAUCUGACCUAUGGCUAACAGAGAAGCCUGAUGUAUAGGAGCGUAGUAGAUAACCAUAUCAAUCAUUUUUUCUCUUUUCCUUUUGAGGUGAACCAAUAAUGAGCAUCAGUCUUUUUUGAAACAGCAUAAACACAUUUCAACAAAUAUUUUCAUAGAGGUCACUGAAAAUAUAUCUGUAGUAAAUUAUAUAUGAUUAAUAAGAAAAUAGAAAGUUUGUAGAUGAUUUUAUCUAUUAAGUUAAAAUGUUUCUCAGAGUCAGUCUAGAAUCCGUGGUGUAAAUGGGUUUGAAUCACUAUCACCUCAAAUAUCCUUGAUUCUAUCACCGAAGUUGUUACUUCUCUUCUCACUUCCCUAAACAUCAGUCAGUCUGAGACCAGGACAUCUUAUUUGCACAUUUUAAAUUUCAUAUAAUGUACAGUAAUUUUUGCCCAAGCAUCUACUGUCCAUUAUUGAAAUUAGUAUAAAAUAAUGACCUAUUUUAGCUGAACAAGACAUCCAUAUCUGAAAGACAUCAUUAAGAUACAUGAGCUUAUUUAACCAGCUGUUUAUUUCUGUCUUAUGACCAUUUUUACAGUGUGGAAAGAAAUGGAAUGAAAUUGUCUUGAAUUCAGGCAACUGACACUGCUUUCAUUUACAAAUAAAUGACAUUUUCUUUUUUUUUUU